CUGGGGGCCGCGCCCCCGAGCCCGCGGGAGCCGGGGAAGUGUGGGCUGCCCCUCUCCUCGGAGGAAUACGGCGGCGGAGGGGCUGGGCUGGGACGUGCCCGGGACCGAGCAGGGAAGCCGGGGCAGGGCGCUGCGCUCUGCCCGUAGCGCCGCCGCCGAGCUCCCCGCCCCAGCUCCGGCGGCGCGGCCAGGACACGGGCGUCCAUGGAGCCGGGGCGCAGCGGGCUCGGGAGACGGGCAGCCGGGAGCGCCGGGGCCGGGCAGCCAGUGUCGGGGAGGAGGGGAGCAUGAAGCUGCUAGGACAAUGCUGAGGAGGCCCCCGACCCGGACCCCAGGGAGGAUCUGAAAACAGGUGAACGCAGAAGGAGGAGCGAGGUGGGGGGGGAGGAAGACGGACGGAAGGAAAGCAGGCUAGGAAAAAGCCUGGAGCUCCUUGGGAGUGGAUCCCGGCUGCAGAGGGCUACGCCAUGGCUACGAAUUUUAACGACAUCGUCAAACAAGGCUACGUGAAAAUGAAGAGCAGGAAAUUGGGGAUCUAUCGGAGAUGCUGGCUGGUGUUCAGGAAAUCCUCCAGUAAAGGGCCCCAGCGGCUAGAGAAGUAUCCGGACGAGAAGUCAGUGUGCCUGCGUGGAAGCCCAAAGGUCACGGAGAUCAGCAAUGUGAAGUGCAUCACGCGAUUGCCGAAAGAGACCAAGAGGCAGGCCGUGGCCAUCAUCUUCACCGAUGACUCGGCCAGGACCUUCACCUGCGACUCGGAGCUGGAGGCCGAGGAGUGGUACAAGACCCUGUCCAUCGAGUGCCUAGGAGCACGUCUCAACGACAUCAGCCUGGGGGAGCCCGACCUCCUGGCUCCCGGGGUGCAGUGUGAGCAGACAGAUCGGUUCAACGUGUUCCUGCUGCCCUGCCCCAACCUGGACGUGUACGGGGAGUGUAAACUACAGAUCACCCAUGAAAACAUCUACCUCUGGGACAUGCACAACCCCCGGGUGAAGCUCAUCUCCUGGCCCCUGUGCUCGCUGCGCCGCUACGGGCGCGAUGCCACCCGGUUCACCUUCGAGGCCGGCCGCAGGAUGUGUGACGCAGGGGAAGGGCUCUACACCUUCCAGACCCAGGAGGGAGAGCAGAUUUACCAGCGGGUGCACAGCGCCACCCUGGCUAUCGCAGAACAGCACAAGAGGGUCCUGCUGGAGAUGGAGAAGAACGUCAGGCUGCUGAACAAGGGCACAGAACACUACUCCUAUCCCUGCACGCCCACCACCAUGCUACCCCGGAGCGCCUAUUGGCACCACAUCACCGGCUCGCAGAACAUCGCCGAGUCCUCCAGCUACGCCGGUGAAGUGUACUCCGGGGCCCAGGCCAGCUCGGACACAGACCUCCUGAACAGGUUCAUCUUACUGAAGCCAAAGCCUGCAAAAAGCGGCAAGAGCGACAGCAAAGAGCCCAAGUCUGCUUCUCAGUGACCGUGCUCUGAGUGAGAGACCCCCCCCCGGGCCAGGCCAUGCUGGAGAAAGGGGGCGUUAAGUGCAGGAGACAUUUGUUUUCCAGUGCUCCCCUCCCCUCCUUUCUUGAGGGUGCUGAAGUUCUGGGAACACUCCCCUCUCUUUGGAGAAGUUAUCAGAGCUCCUGCCUGCAGGGAGAAAGUGUGAGACUGGGUCCUCUGUGCUGGGAAGAAGGCUGGAGAUGGCCCCAGGUGGUCUGGAACUCAAGCCCUGGCCAUGCCGUUCUUGCAGACCGAGCAUGAAGAGCUAACGAUAGGGAAGAUGAUGUCUAGCUCUACGUUGUUAAACGAUUUUAAAUAUCUAUUGCUUAUACAUAUUCUAUAUUAAGAGACUUUCCUUCUCACACGAAUGCAAGUUUCUUAGCCACUGAAGAGACACGGGGAAGAUGAGACACCAGAGAUUUUUAAUUCUUGGGUGGGUGGAUCUUUCUUUUUUCCUUAGGGUGGCAUCGUGCGGGAAAUCCAGCCUCAUUUGGAGCAGACGCCCCACCGCCUCUGCUGGGAAGGGAAAUCCCCCAGGAUCCCCUCAGCAAGGCUCAGAGCGGAAGGACGGCGUUUUCUCAAGUGGCCGACCGGUUGCAGUUAUUGUUGGCAGCCAGUGGGAGCAAUGAAGUGUCACUCGAAGUGGGGCAAUUGAAGUGAACGUUUUGGAGAGGCUGCUGCAAAUCCGGCCUGUUCCUUUAGGGGCAGAGGUGCCCCGGAGAGUCCCAUAGGUUGCCCAGGCUGCGAAUGGAUGCUCCCUCCUGAAUCCAGUAGUGCUUUCCCUGGGAGAGGGAGCAUUGGGGACUUGCAAGCCUCCGCUCAUUUUGCACUUCUCGAAGAUACCAGAACACACACCGUGGAACUUUGACAUCUCAGGAGAAACUGGUUUUCUUUCCGAACUGUGACUUCUGCACAAACGCCCCCAGCUUCCGGAGGGCGGCGUUCUCAGUGGGCUGGGGACUGGCUGAGCGGGGUUUCGCUCCAUUAGCGGCGUGUCCUCAGUUCAGAUUCUAGCAGCUAAGUGGCUGCAGCAUGGAUUUCCCUUCCAAACCAAGCCCUUCUCUCGAGAUAGCUAAAGCACGGCAGUUUAGUUACACGGGAUGGGGCAUCUACAGGGCUGCCUCGUUUUGCACAGGCUGGCAGGGCUACACCCCUCCCACCCUUAAUACACAGCCACUAAAUACUGCAUUGCCUCUAAGCUACGGUAGCAACCUGCCCAAUCUACCUGUUUGGCAGAGCCAGCCUUGUUGGGAGGCGUCCGUGUUGAGAAGUUCCCUUUCUUUUACCUCCCCGGGUCAGCCAAUGGCCCCCGUUUCCUCUGGGGCGCUCUCACCUGCAGCAAUGCUGAAAUCCCAUUGACAGGAGGCUAGCCAGAGACAAUCAGUUGGUCACAUGACCUCCUCCUUGCUUCCUCCUUGUAAGGGACAUUGUGCUUCUAGCUGAUGGUGGGGGACCCAGGUUUCAUUUCCACUAGAUGCCCCACAGCCUCAAGGAGCCAAUGCUGGCAGAGGGCUGGAGUGCAGCCCAAGGCCCAUUUCAAUCUUCUUUGUAGCUCCUCCCUCCCCCCAUGGUGCCAGUGGGUCACUUCCUGAGAAUAAUUAGUGAACCCCUGGGCAUGUGGAAGUUGGUUUUAAUAUGCUGAAAUCAAAUCAAAGCAAUUGAUUUUCUAGUUCUGCUAUUUAUUGAAUACCUUUCAGAAGGGCUAUCUUUUUAUUGCAGUACCAACGCUAGGGGUUUCCUCGCUUGGGUUGGUUGGUUGGUUUUUAAAGCGUAAGGUACUGUCUCUUGGGGAUGGGGAGACCUUGUGGACUAUCACCUGUAAAUACUCUUGUUUUCUGGUUGUGCGUGUAGAUGAUGAGUAAGACGACGAAGACCUUUCAGACAGAUCUGCUGGAAAAGUCCUGGCACACAAGCCCAGCGACUGUCCAAACUGCCCUGUUGCAAGCCCCACUAAAUUCAGUGCUCUUUCCCCACGACACUUGUCUAGAGUGACAGGAACCAGCCAGGUUCAAGUCUAGACCACAUACUCUGUGGUAGAGUGGAUCAGAUGAGCUUAAUGGAUGUACGUCCUCACAGAUGAGGUGUAACCUGCUAUCAUUUCCUAGCCUAAAUGCCUAUCUGGGUUCCCUGGCUAUUAGCUCUUGUUUUAGGCACUAGGGUCAAAUGCUUUUGUUCAGGCUCCAGGAGCAGACCAAGUCCUCAGCUGUGGUUCUAAUGGAAGUACACGGAGUCUCUGGCCCUGUGCCUUUAAAACAUCGCUGCAGAGAGACACUGUCAACUUUGAGAAGUGUUGGUAAGACCAGAGCCGAAGUGCUGGGCUAUCCCCCAACGACAGGCCCUGCCCUGAGGUUUGGAGGCGUGGCGCUGCUAAGUGCUGGGACAGGUGAAAGCUUGAGCAGGAACCAGGCUGCCUCAGGAAUUUGAUGCACAGCUGCGUUAAGCCAGGCAAGAGGGGACAUAGCAGUUAUUGCCAAAAAUGUUGUGUUUUUUAAAGGAACUGCUCAAUCAAUAAACAAACUUUACUCACC